AUGGAAGACGUGAAGCCUCAGUGCGGCAACAAGGAGGGAGGGGGACAAGACGAAUACGACUUGCCUCUUCAUGUGGUUGGCCUCUUCGUGGUUCUGUUCAUGUCGUGUCUCGGUAAUUAUCCCCAACUACAAGUCCAGUAUCUUGCUGUAUCUAAUAGCGCCCUAGGAUGCGGCUUCCCCGUGGCGGCCAAAAAAAUCAAAUGGCUCAAGAUUCCCCCCAAGGUGUUUUUUGCCUGCAAACAUUUCGGCACAGGUGUUCUUAUAGCAACAGCAUUUGUUCAUAGCUUGGGAGAUCCCUGUCUCCCCGACUUGUUCACCAAGGACUAUCCUCCUCUGCCCGGCGUCAUCAUGAUGGGCUCUCUGUUUGUUCUUUUUGUUAUCGAAAUGUGGCUUAACUCCAAGACGGGCGGACACUCCCACGGCGGGCCAACGGGGGCCGGUCUUACUGAUCAUCAUCAACAUGGCGCGGGUCGGCCACAGGCACACUCGAGGGGACAGCAACACGCGCACCAUCCGGCGGCUGUCUCUGGCCAGGCAAUUGUUCACCAGAACCCCGCCAUGGCGUCGGACCAGAAGUCACCCGUGUCGGACUACGACAGGAAGUCGUUGGGUGAGAAAUCGUUUGAUGAUCGGACUCUUCACAAUUACGACGACUACGAGAGGGGCCGCAGGCUGUCGACAAUGCCUGCCUGGUUCGUCGCCUUUUAUGAGCAAUAUGUUCGACAGCACACGGAGAUUAUGGAUGCACUCCAAUCCCCCAAGGACAGUCUCAAUGCCGUAGACGAAGAGAAGGCCCAAGUCACAAUCACGGAAUAUGCCGUGGAAGGCGAGGAGGCCGUGGACCAGACCCUCUUGAAGAAAAUGUCUACCAACAUCACCUUGCUUGAGGGAGGUAUCUUAUUUCACUCUGUUUUCGUGGGCAUGACGGUAUCCAUCACAAUAGAGGGUUUCGUCAUUCUUCUCGUCGCCAUCUCGUUUCACCAGCUGUUUGAAGGUCUCGGUCUGGGCUCCCGAAUCGCAGCCGUACCAUACCCCAAAACCAGCAUCAGACCGUGGUUGUUGGUGUUGGCAUUCGGAACUACUGCACCAAUCGGACAAGCCAUCGGUCUCAUGACGAGAAACACCUACGACCCCGACAGUGCCUUUGGUUUGAUUAUCGUUGGAGUAUUCAAUGCAAUUUCCUCCGGGUUGUUGAUCUACGCUGCGCUCGUCGACUUGCUGGCCGAGGACUUCUUGUCCCAAGAAGCAAACCAGCUCAUGCGCGGAAAGGAAAAGGCCAAGGCAUUUGCUUGGGUUCUCCUCGGAGCACUCGGCAUGUCCAUUGUGGGCGCUUUUGCUUAG